GGUGACUUGGGUCACGCAGUCUCUCUCUCCCUCCUCGGGGAGGAACUGCCGCGCUCCGGCUGAGUCCUCCGCCGGCAGGCGGGAGGGGCGGCAAGGGGGCCGGGGCGCUCUGGGAACCGCGAAACCCAGAUCAGGACAGGACGCUGCCCGACGGGGGUACUCGCGGCCCCCCGCCUCCGCCGGCUCCCGCCACGCUCUAGACAAAACCCCAAUUCAGAAAGGUUGUGAGCUGCAAGCAAGGAGGCUUAGCCCCUAACCCGGAACUCGCCGCCCCCGGGACAGCUGGCCGGUGGGCGCAAUGAGCCAGGUGCUGGGGAAGCCGCAGCUGGAAGACGAGGACGACGAUGAGGAGGAUGAGCUGGUGGGACUAGCGGACUACGGGGAUGGGCCCGACUCCUCGGAUGCCGACCCGGACAGCGGGGCGGAGGAGGGAGUUCUGGACUUCAGCGAUCCCUUCAGCACUGAGGUGAAGCCGAGGAUCUUGCUCAUGGGCCUGAGGAGAAGUGGCAAGUCUUCUAUUCAGAAAGUGGUCUUUCACAAAAUGUCUCCCAACGAGACGCUGUUCCUGGAGAGCACGAACAAGAUCUGUCGGGAAGACGUCUCCAACAGCUCCUUUGUUAAUUUCCAGAUUUGGGACUUCCCAGGACAGAUCGACUUUUUUGACCCUACGUUUGACUAUGAGAUGAUCUUCCGGGGAACAGGAGCGCUGAUAUUUGUAAUAGACUCCCAGGAUGAUUACAUGGAAGCCCUGGCCCGGCUGCACCUCACAGUGACCAGGGCCUACAAGGUGAACCCUGACAUCAACUUCGAGGUGUUUAUUCAUAAAGUGGAUGGUCUGUCAGAUGACCACAAAAUUGAAACCCAGAGAGAUAUUCAUCAGAGGGCAAAUGAUGACCUUGCAGAUGCUGGAUUAGAAAAAAUUCACCUCAGCUUUUAUCUGACAAGCAUAUAUGAUCAUUCGAUAUUUGAAGCUUUUAGCAAAGUGGUUCAGAAACUAAUUCCACAACUCCCCACCCUGGAGAAUUUGCUAAACAUCUUUAUCUCAAAUUCUGGAAUUGAAAAGGCAUUUCUGUUUGAUGUGGUCAGUAAAAUUUAUAUUGCAACUGAUAGUACCCCAGUAGAUAUGCAAACCUAUGAGCUCUGCUGUGAUAUGAUCGAUGUGGUUAUUGACAUCUCUUGUAUUUAUGGUCUCAAAGAAGAUGGAGCAGGAACCCCCUAUGACAGGGAAUCAACAGCCAUUAUAAAGCUGAAUAAUACCACAGUUCUUUAUUUAAAAGAGGUGACGAAGUUCCUGGCCCUCGUUUGCUUUGUCAGAGAGGAAAGCUUUGAAAGAAAAGGGCUUAUUGACUAUAAUUUUCAUUGCUUCCGGAAGGCCAUCCAUGAAGUUUUUGAGGUGAGAAUGAAAGUGGUGAAAUCGCGCAAGGUUCAGAAUCGGCUGCAGAAGAAAAAAGGAGCCACACCCAAUGGGACGCCUAGGGUGCUGCUGUAGGUGAGGUUUCAGGAACGUCUUUUGAAAUCAGACCUUUCAAAGAGGCUGCUGCACUGAGUUUCACUAAAAGAAGAGGAAGAAGGAGAUUGGGACAAAUAACACAAAUUUGUUGUAAAAGGAAAAAUCCCUGCAACCCUCUUGAUCUUUUCUUUGUUAAAUAAAGCAAGCACUUUGAAGCAAAAACUUGUAUAUUAACAAUGAAGUGAAAUCCACUGUAAUUUCAUCACACAAAUGUAAACUUUUGUGGUAUGUAGUGAGAAAAAUCCUGUGUGAGGACUACCAGAAACUGUAUAUAUUUUGCACUUUUUCAUGUUUUUUUCUCAUUGAACUAAACUUUGAUAAAAACAA